AUGGCUGAAUAUCGUGCAGGGAAGGCUGGCAUAAACGCUGAAGCUCAGGCCAGGAUUAACAGCAAGUACAAUAAUGAUAUUGCUCAUGAAACCCUCGAAUGGAUCAGAAAGAUCACCGGGCAACCAGCCAAUACAUCGGGAGAUGUUGAAAACCUUUACGAAGUAUUAAAAGAUGGCACCCUCUUAUGCCACUUGGUGAAUAAAUUCCAAGAAGGAUCAGUUAAGAAAAUCAACCAAUCCACCAUGGCCUUCAAGUGUAUGGAGAACAUAAACGCAUUCUUGGAAGCUGUCAAAAAAUUGGGUGUGCCUCCACAGGAAACUUUCCAAACUAUUGAUCUUUGGGAAAAACAGAACCUGUACUCUGUGAUAAUAUGCUUGCAAUCUCUGGCUAGAAAAGCAGGCAAUUAUGGCUUACCAUCCAUGGGGCCCAAGGAAGCGGAUAAAAAUGUAAGGGAAUUUACUGAGGAGCAGCUCAAGGCCGGUCAGAACGUUAUUUCUCUACAAUACGGUACCAACAAGGGCCAACAAACCGGAAUUUCAUUUGGUAACAGACGCCAAAUG